AUGGGGCAGCUUGAGGAGGAUUCAUCGUUAUCGUUUGCUAAAGAAGAACAAAGAGUUGAGAAGUCUGAAGCAAUGGAUUUAUUAUUGUUAGAAGGUAAGAGGAGAAUUCAUGAACUGGAAGACGAAAUUAAGAGAAGGGAUGAAUCCGAAAAGAAGAUGUAUGAUUCACUUGUUGCUCAAACCAAAGAGCUCGCGAAAACAAAGAUUUCAAUUGAAGAAUCAAGACAAGAAAUCACAUCCCUCCGUGAAAUCCUCGAGAAAAUGGAAGGUUCAUCCGAGGCUGCUGCAUCUCAGAGUUCUUCUUCAUUAGAUAGCCUUGAGGCCGAGCUUCAAUCGGCGAAAGAGAAGGAAGGGAACGUUGCUUCAUUAAAGGCCAAGAUGAACUCGCUAAAAAAUGAAAUGAAAUCGACCCGAGAAGCCAAAGAAAACAAUCUGAGAGUCCUGGAUGACUUAGCCUUAGCAUUGAAAGAAGUAAGAACGGAAGCCAUCGAAACCAAGGAGGAAGCCUCGAUGAUAAAAGACGAGCUCGAGAAAUCCAAAGACGAAGUAGAAAAUCUGAAGCUCAAGUUGAAGAACAUCGAGGUAAUGUACAAUGAAGCAAAGAACGAAGCUGAAACAUUUAAAUACAUUUCCGAGAUAUUAACAUUAGAGGCCGAACAAAACCUAAUGCAAUGGGAUAUGAAAGAGACGGGCUUUGUCGAUUGCAUUAAAAAACUCGAAGAUGAAAAGAAUGCUGCACAAGAAGAGAACAAGAUAUUGCUUGAAUCACUAACAGAAGCUCAAAACAUGUACAGAAAAGCCAUGGAAGAGAAUGAAGAACUUCGGGACAACAAGAAACAGGCCGUGUAUGAAGCUAAUUACGUAACCAAGGAGACCGCAAGCAUAUAUUCCCGAAAUAAAGAAGGGUCAAAUAAACUUUCCCCUGAGAAUGAAAACCGUAAGAGUAACGGAUCAGCAACUUUUGAGAUCAUUAGGGAGUGGAAGCUUUGCUUUGUGAAGAGCAAAGAGGUUGAAGACGAAACCAAGAACCUGAUCAAAGAAAGUGAUGAAGAAUCAGAGUCUGAUUUGUCUGAUCCACCGAGGGGUUCUAUAUUUGAUGUAGUUGAAACUUUAGAACACCAGAAAAAGCCUGCUUUUGUGGCCAUUGAUGAAGCUAUGAAUAACAGUGAGGAGUUUUAUCAUCUUGGGACGGGCCAUUUCUAUGUAGAAAACAAUAAGACCUCCCGGAAAAAGAAAGCAUUGCUAAGUAGGUUUAGUGAUCUUUUAAAGAUAAGGACUUUACACUAG